UCAAAGCGUUGAAAGGUUAGAGAUAGAGAGAGGUGUUGAAGAAGAAGCAGAAGAUAAGAUGUCGGGAAGAGGAAAGGGAGGGAAAGGGCUGGGCAAAGGAGGAGCGAAGAGACAUCGGAAGGUGUUGAGAGACAACAUCCAGGGGAUCACGAAGCCUGCAAUCAGACGGCUGGCGAGGCGUGGUGGAGUCAAGCGUAUCAGCGGUCUGAUCUACGAGGAGACCAGAGGCGUACUCAAGAUCUUCCUCGAGAACGUCAUUCGUGAUGCUGUCACCUACACAGAGCACGCCCGUCGCAAGACUGUCACCGCCAUGGACGUCGUUUAUGCUCUCAAGAGGCAGGGCCGUACCCUCUACGGUUUCGGUGGUUAGUUAGGGCUAGGGUUUGAUGUUUAGCUCGAAUCGAAAUUUUUCCUUUUCAAUGAUGUAAUUAAUUUCAUGAAUGGAAAGAAAUGAAGAGGACUAUUGAGAUUUAUGCAAA